AUGGCCAAGUUCACGCACGGUCCUCUGCUCUCUCCCUCUGACGCCACCAGCGCGUACGACGCCGGCGCCGUUGACUCGGGCACCUGCAUCACGCUCCCGAGCGGCGGGAGCACGCCGUCUCCUGCCACCGUCCCCGCCGUCUCCUGCCUGCCGUCGCUGGUCUGCGUUGGGAUGGCCAAGGCGGGCACCGACGAGCUGCGCGGCUGGCUGAGCCUGCACCCCAACCUCUCCUCCUCCACCGACCGCGAAGUCCAGUACUUCAACCACGGCAUCUUUCGCGCGAUGCCGGGCGGGGUCGUCGGCCCGGUCCACCACCGCUCGCUCCUCGAGGCCGCCUUGCGCACGUCGUGGAGCGAGUACGCCGCCCGCUUCCCCGUGCCGCGCGAGCACAUCGGCCGGGUCCUCACCUUUGAAAAGUCGCCCGGCUACGCGCGGCCACAGCACAACCUGAGCCGCGUCGCGAACGGCAUCGAGCGGCACGUGCCCUUCCUCAUGCGCCGGCUGAUGCCGAGCGUGCGGCUCGUCCUCCUGCUCCGCGAUCCGGUCGCCCUCGUCCGAUCGCGCUUCGUGCACUGCCUCCGCCAGGCCGGCCGCCAGCGCAGGCCGCCGCUGCCGAGCUGCGGCGGCGCCGUCGAGCGCGACUACGAGUCGAUGCUGACCGCGGGGGCCGGCUUGCUGCGGCUCGAGCCGGGCGGUGCGGCGGGCGGCUCGCCGCUGCGGCCAGUCGCGGAGUUCGCCUCCGGCCCCUCCUCCCUCCUCAACCGGGUCCUCGCGCACGCGGGCCUGCAGCGCCACGACUGGCGCGCGAGCGGCUACCCCGGACCAGACGGCUCCCUCACCUUCCACCCUCGCAAGUCGAAGAGCGUCCGCGAGCGCGCCAGCCGCCGACCCCUCCUGCCCGGCUUCGAGGCGGCGACGCGGGACGCUCUCACGCCGGUCCUUAUUCGCUUCCGCACGCAGCACCCGUGCCUCCGGCCGCCGUGGCCGCUGGGGAGCGCAACGAGCGCCGCCUCGGGCCCCACCGACCGCGCCGACACCUCGCCGCUCUGUCGCGCCCGAGGCGCCCGCACACACGCAGCGCCGCAAUAA